AUGCCCCUCCUGAUACACCUGCUGGUCUGUACCUUCGGGCUGGGCUCCUGGGUGGCCAUCAACGGGCUCUGGGUCGAGCUGCCCCUGCUGGUGACGGAGCUGCCCGAGGGGUGGUAUCUCCCCUCCUACCUCACGGUGAUCAUCCAGCUGGCCAACAUCGGCCCCCUCCUGGUCACCCUGCUCCAUCACUUCCAGCCUGGCUGCCUCUCGGAGGUGCCCAUCAUCUUUACCGUGCUGGGCGUGGGCACCGUCACCUGUACCCUCUUCGCCUUCCUCUGGAAUGUCACUCCCUGGGUGCUGGACGGCCCCCACAGCAUCGCCUUCAUGGUCCUCACCUUCUUCCUGGCCCUGGUGGACUGCACCUCGUCGGUCACCUUCCUGCCCUUCAUGAGCCGGCUGCCCGCCCACUACCUCACCACCUUCUUCGUGGGCGAAGGGCUCAGCGGCCUCCUGCCUGCGCUGGUGGCUCUAGCCCAAGGCUCGGGUCUCACUACCUGUGUCAAUGUCACUAAGCCGUUAGAAACCACCCCAAGCGCCGAGACCACCAGGAAGACUGUCUUCCCCCAGGGAGCUAACAGCACUUCUGCGUCCGACCUUGCCGGGACGGCACAUUCCGCGGUCCAUCUGGAAAGUCGCCACCUGCCGGCCAACUUCUCGCCUUUGGUCUUCUUCCUCCUCCUCUCCUUCAUGAUGGCCUGCUGCCUGGCCGCGUUCUUUGUCCUCCAGCGGCAGCCCAGACCCAGGGAAUCUUCCGUAGAAGACCUCCUCACCUCCCAGGUCACCCUCCACUCCAUCCGGCCACGGGAAGGGGAGGACCCGGGCCCCCCAGGGCCAAGGGACAACAGCAGCAAGGCCCAGGGGCAUCCAGAGGAGAAAACGGCCCCCCACCACCCCGCCCACCUGACCUUCAUCUACAUCCUGGUGGCCUUUGUAAACGCGCUCACCAACGGCGUGCUGCCCUCCGUGCAGACCUACUCCUGCCUGUCCUACGGCCCCAUCGCCUACCACCUGUCCGCCACCCUCAGCUCCAUGGCCAACCCUCUUGCCUGCUUCCUCUCCAUGUUCCUGCCUCACAGGUCCGUGGCCUCCUGGGUGCUGUUCAUCGGCUGCCUGAGCUACGUCAAGGUGAUGCUGGGCGUGAUCCUGCGCGACCGCAGCCGCAGCGCCCUCUUGUGGUGUGGGGCGGCGGUGCAGCUGGGCUCCCUCCUCGGGGCUGUGCUCAUGUUCCCGCUGGUCAACGUGUUCAGGCUCUUCUCCUCCGCCGACUUCUGCAGCCUGCAGUGCCCCACCUAG